AUGAAUUGUUUAUUAAAAGACAAUGUUCAAUUACUCGAUUUACCUGAUGAAUUAAUUUUAAAUAUUAUGAAUAAAGUUAAACCUCAUGUGUUAUUGCUUAGUUCUAUUAUUACAAUUGGUAAUAAUCGUUUGGAACAACUUGCACUUGAUAGAUGUCAUUCAAUUGACUUAACUUUUGAUUAUGUUCAAUCACCAUAUGAAACACUUAUUCAACGAUUUUAUUCAGAUAUUAUGCCUCAUAUUAUCAAUAAUGUUCAAUCAUUGACACUCACCAUUCGACAUAUUCCUCAUAUAAUAACUUUUGCUGAAAAAAACUCUAAUGGAACUCUUCCAAAUUUGACACAUUUGAAAAUAAUGAUUGGUAAACAACAUGAUCAAACAGGCACUCCUUAUACAUUACAUAGAUCAAGAAUGAAACAUUAUCGUAUUUUUCGCCGGAGUAAACCUCUCCUCCCAAUUAUACCUCAAUUUGUUCGACUGGAGGGAUACAUUGGUAGCCGAAUUUUAUAUGCCGUUCGUUGUUCACCACUUAUGCGUUCUAUUGUAUCAUUCGAACUUGAUGAUGAAUGUAUUUUACCAAUUGUAUCUAAUCCUGGUAGAUUGUUUUUCCCUCAAUCAAUGCAACUAACUCAUAUCCGAAUAACAUUAGAUGAAUUCGACGAAUGUGUCAGUUUACUAAGUCAAUUGGGCUCACAACUCUGUUCAUUGACUAUAAGCAUUGUAUAUGUUUAUGUAGAGAAUGCUGAUAUUAUAUCUCAAAUAGAAUCCAUUUCAUGUCCUCAUUUAAAACAGUUAACAAUGAAAAUUUAUCAGAAUAUAAUUCAUUAUGAAGAAUGUAUUAUUUCUGUUCUACAACGUUUCUCAAAUAUUGAAUAUUUAACAUUAUUAUUAGCUAUUGAUGGAACAACAAGUAGACUCAAUAAUUUUGUUAAUGGAUUUGAUUUGGAGAAAGACAUUGUUUCAUAUAUGCCUAAUUUACGUCAAUUUAAUUUUCACAUUCGUACAAUAUUUGAAAACGCUACUCAUAUUGAAAUUGAUACAAUUCGUCAAAGUUUUCUCAAAUAUCAAAAAGGAUCAGUUGAUUGUGCAGUCGACUAUUUCAAUAAUAAUUAUAGUCAGUGUCAAAUCUAUUCGCUUCCAUUUAAUGGCAAUCGUCUUGACUUCAUUUCAAAUCGAUUUCCACUAUUCAAUAUGAAUAAGACGUUUUCAAUGGUUACUAUGUUAUUACUUUUUGAUGAUGUCAAACCAUUCGAAAAUCUUUUCUUUGCACGUAUUGCUCGAGAUCUACCUUAUCUUAGAACACUCGAAUUAUUCAAUGAACUUGAACAACAAGAGAAAACAAGAGUGACAACAAAUAAUAUUGAGUUUACUCAUUUAUCUACACUGAUUCUAUUCGAUAUACAUAUGGAUUAUGCUGAACAAUUUCUUUAUCGAAGUCAUCUUCCUUGUCUAAUCGAACUGGCUAUUGAUAAGGAUAUAUUGUUGACAAUAAUCGCUCAAGACCAACAACCAGCAAGAGACAAUUGUUCGAAAGUAGAAAAUUUAUUAACUUCGGAGACAUACUGUGAUUCAGUAGAUGCUGUUCGAAACUUUUUUCCUCUAGUUUCUCAUUGA